AUGGCUUCAAAAUUUCAUGCACUUAUGUAUCCAUGGUUUGCAUCUGGUCAUAUAACUCCGUUCCUGCAUCUUGCCAACAAAUUGGGUGAGAAAGGUCAUAGGGUUACUUUCUUGCUUCCAAAGAAAGCUCUGAAACAGUUUGAACAUCUCAAUCUGUAUCCACACCACAUUGUCUUUCGCACUGUGACUGUCCCUCACGUCGAUGGUCUCCCCCUUGGCGUAGAGACAGCCUCUGAUAUCCCGAUAUCAUCAACGAAUCUCUUGGCGUCCGCUAUGGAUCUCACUCGUCCUCAGGUUGAAGAUGUGGUCCGAGCCUUGGAACCGGACUUGAUCUUCUUUGACUUUGCUCAUUGGAUUCCGGAAGUAGCUCGAGAGUUUGGCGCUAAGAGUGUGGAUUACCUUCUCUUGUCUGCAGCUGCUGUAGCUACUCUGAUAGUCCCAGGUGGUUGUGAGUUUGGUGUUGCUCCACCGGGAUAUCCUUCAUCAAAGGUGCUGCUCCAUCAAAAAGAUGUCUACUCCAUGAAGCCUGUUGCGAAUUCCACCGAGGAUUUCGCUGCGUUGCAAGAGCGGUUCACCGCAAGCAUUACGAAAUGCGAUGUUAUUCUGAUAAAGGCAUGCAAAGAGCUUGAAGGGGAGUUCUGCAACUACGUGGAGAGGAAAUUCGAGAAGAAGAUUCUCUUCACGGGACCGAUGCUUCCUCAAGCAGAUACGACUAUACCAUUAGAAGCACAGUGGAGUAACUGGCUAGGCGGGUUUGAAUCAGGCUCCGUGGUUUUCUGUGCAUUUGGUAGCCAAACCAUUAUGGAGAAGGAUCAAUUCCAAGAACUCUGCUUAGGAAUGGAGCUAACCGGUUUACCAUUUCUUGUAGCGGUUAAGCCGCCAAGAGGAACAUCAACAAUUCAAGAAGCAUUGCCAGAGGGAUUCGAGGAACGGGUCAAUGGACGUGGAGUUGUUUGGGGAGGAUGGGUUCAACAACCACUGAUAUUGUCUCAUCCAUCGGUUGGAUGUUUUGUGAGCCAUUGCGGGCAAGGUUCCAUGUGGGAGUCUCUGGUGAGUGAUUGUCAAAUAGUCUUGGUGCCACAAAUAGCUGAACAAGUCAUCAACGCAAGAUUUAUGAGUGAGGAACUCGAGGUUUCGGUUGAAGUGGCAAGAGAGGAAACAGGAUGGUUUUCAAAAGAGAGCUUGCGCGAUGCUAUCGAAAGUGUGAUGAAUAGAGACAGCGAGCUCGGGAAUCGAGUGAGGAAGAAUCACACCAAGUGGAGGAAAACAAUAACUAGUCCUGGACUAAUGAACGGUUAUGUCGAUGAUUUAAUAGAAUCGUUCAAGGAUCUCAUUGUCCAUGAGACAAACCAUGACUGA